UAAGGUUUGAUACUAUUGUGGUGUAGGGUAUAAAAUUUUGAAUUAUUUUUUGACUUUUAAACAAAAAAAAAUUAAAUAGAUUUUAAAUAAAUAAAUUUAAAUUACAACGUUUAUUAUAAUAAAAUGGACACUUCAAACAAUACUGUUCGAAAAAUAAUACCAAACUUCGAGACCCAACUAAAUAUUGAUGGGAGUGAUUUUCCACACCAAGCUGACAACUUUUUUAUAGACAUCUCACCAGGAACGUCCAAGUAUUGUAAUCAAGAUUCAACUUUGGAUAACGUCAACAAAAAUGAUAGUGCAUCCUUAGAAUCUACAGAAUUUUUUGUGUGCCGCAUAUGUCACAACAGUGAAAAUCCAGAGAAACUUGUUUCCCCAUGCUUGUGUAAAGGGUCCCUAUCAUAUGUCCAUAUUGAUUGCCUAGAAAGAUGGAUCAGUGUGUCAAAUUGUACAACGUGUGAAUUAUGCCAGUUUCAAUACAAUACUGAACAAACUUUAAGAUAUACUUUGUAUCAAUCCCUACGUAUGUGGUACUCCCGUAAUAUGAGCCGUAGGGCCCUACAGGAAGAUUGCCAAAUGUUUUCACUUUUAACUUUAGUGGCAUUUGGUAUUGUGGGUACUCUAUUAGUGGCAGUGCAGUACUACAUUCUACAGGGUCAUAUUAGCGGUCUGGGUCGUUUAUGGACUAAGGGCUGGCUUAUAUUUUUUUUAUUCACCACGUUAAUUGUGUAUUUUGUAAAUGUGUACAUGAUCAUAAAAUCACAACUGAUGCCCUGGUACAGAUGGUGGCAGUCAGCCCGUGAUAUACGUUUAAUUCUAGAUAACCUCAAAACACCGUAUUUGGCAUUGAAGCAAACUAAUAAUGAAACCAAUCAUAAUAUUUUAACUGUAAUACGAGAUGAGUCAACAGGUAAAAAAACGGAAGUGCCGGGAAAUAUGCAGAGCAAUGUGACGGUUACAGAAAAUUAGACACAAAAACAAGACUUGGGAAACACUACGCAACAAGUCAAAAUAUGAAUUCAAAUUUAACCUUUUUAACCAUAAACCGACAAUAGUAACAAUAAUUUUAAAAUUAGAAUACUAAAACUAAAAUAAAAAACGUGACUUGAUAUGAAAUAUUUAAAUAAAUUUCAAAACUUUCAA